AUUCGAUGCUCAACAUGAGAGGUAAUGUAUAAUGUUUAUGUUAUAAUAACACGCGUGUCAUGUUCGUUGAGGAGCCGAUGCCAUUGACAGAAGGAGGUGAGGAGAACGUUCCUGGUGAAGAUGAACAGCCUGAAAACGACGUUGCCAGCCAAAAAGACGAGGAGGACGAUUUAUGGAAGAAACCGAAGGAAAUCUUCAAAAGAGGAGUCGUCUAUCUAUCUUUCAUCCCUCCAGGAAUGACCCCAACUGUCCUCAGAAACCUGCUCUCGAAGCAUGCACCUGUGGGCAGGCUCUUUCUACAAGAGGUGAAAGAGAAAAGAGGGAAAGUAAAGAAAAAAGCAUACAAAACUGAAAGCUACACAGAAGGAUGGGUUGAAUUUUUGAAGAAACGACAUGCCAAGAAGAUAGCAGAGUUUCUUAACAAUACGAAAAUCGGAGGGAAGAAAAAGAGCAAAUUCCACGAUUAUCUUUGGAACUUGAAAUACCUACCUCGAUUCAAGUGGGUACAUCUUGUCGAGAGGCUUAAUUAUGAAUCAGCAUUACUUAAGCAGAGGAUGAGGAACGAAAUAAGCCAGGCGAAGAAGAUAGCGAACCACUUUAAAGACAACGUCGACCGUGAGGAGAGGAUAAGGAGGAAGAAGAAGACACAAGAAAACAAAGAUGAUACUAAACAAGAACAGAAAGAGGAGAAAAUACCACUUAGGAAAUUCGCACAGAGGAAAACUAUGGAAGAUAUCAAAAUGAAGAAGAAAUCACAAGAAAACAGGGAAGACUUUCUCAAAAACCUUUUCGCUUGAUUCAUUGUUUAUGGCAAGCAAAUGUUGUAAA